UGCUUUCUCAUCUCCUUCUGCAUUCUCAUCUCCUUCUGCAUUCUCAUCUCCUUCUGCAUUCUCAUCUCCUUCUGCAUUCUCAUCUCCUUCUGCAUUCUCAUCUCCUUCGCCGUCGGUCUCAGGCCCCGGGGCUUGGUCCUUAUCCUCAAUCCCCUUCGUCGCCUCCUUUAUCUCUUGGACCUUAUCCUCAACUCCCUUCAUCGCUUCCUCUAUCUCCCGUUCCCUCUCUAAUCGAGCAAGCCGCCAGUCCAAGUACUGCGCGUUAUGUUCAAUCAUCUUUUCGACCCACUCUUCCCAAGGUUCAAGACGACAAAGCAAUGCCUCUUCAAAGACACUCGGCCAUUGCCCCAUCGCAGACCGCAGAAGCUCAUCCCUGAAUCGAUCCACGGGAAACAGGCGUUCCUACGCCUUCAACCAUCUGUAAGCCUCUAGGGCGUCUUUCGAGUCCCUCAAGACGUAUACCAUGGUGUCUAGAUAAUCAAUCACCUUUGCGUACCCAGGCUGCUUCUAGAGCGCGUAGUCUGGCGAAGGGUUAUUUUGAUUUUCUCGAAGUGAUUGUUUGAAUGCAUGUAUCUUGUCGAGGGCCCAUCUGCGUCGGUUGUUUUGGUCGUAUUUUUGGGCUGUGUCUGAAUUCAUGGCCGGAAAGCAAGUGGGGAUAGAAAAGGCCCAGUGCUCUUUCCAAGGAAAGGGGUUCGUCGCAGACAAUAGGCAAUGAUAAUGCUUGAAUGUCGAUGCACUUUUCUGUGAUGUUUCGUGAAUGCGUACUCGUGAUGACCGGCGUUUGUUCGUUGGCGAGAGGUUAUUUCAAGCUGAAGGUUGUUAUGGUGAGAGAGCGAUAACUGAUACUCUUAUGCUGACUGAUCGAUCUGUCGAAGUUGGGUAGUUGAUGUUGUGUUGAUGUUUUCUCCGAGAUGCAAAUCAAGGAUGGGCAUUGUAUGCUCUAGACAAUGUGGAAAUUGCGCUUGACGAGCUUCCUUCUCUUUCCCCUUGUCAUUUCGAUGCUCGGACCCGCCAUAGCUUCUCGUUCCUUCUCACAGUCAACCGUUUUCUCCUUCUGCCAUCUUCCUUUUCUAUUUUCUUAUAUCUUCCUUCUCAUUCUCAUGGUACAUUCACAGAGUCGUAACUGUACAGUAUUCACCUCUCUGCUCCUUAUCUCUUUGACGGGCCUUGACGUAAAUCCCCCUAUGCUCAUCACCGGUUAGAUUUUGUUGUCGCUGCAGCACCAGCCAAACUUUGCGGGCCCGUGGGACAAAUCGAGGACGAUACACGCAGGGUCAUACAGACGAGUAUAGUGUGCGGGAUC